AUGUUUGCCGCAACAAGAUCCAAAGCUAAAGCCGCCAAAGCAGCUACAUCUGCUGCCUUGUCAAAGACGAGUAGUCCUUCUACCUCUUCAACAACCACAUCAUCAUCAUCAUCAUCAGACAACGAAGAUGACGAUGACGACUUUGUAACAACAGCUCCAAAGACAAAGAAAACUCAAAAGACUACUCCAAAGUCAUCUACAAAGACAAAGCCAGCACAACAAUCAUCUUCAUAUGCCAAUACAAUGAGGAAAUACUUCUUGGUGGAGGCUGCAAAGAUUGAGGGCGUGAAGAAGAGGUCGGCAGAGAUGAAGAAGUAUAUGCGUGAUCAGUUUGAUUAUCUUGGUCUAAGAGGCCCUAUAAGGAAGGCAACUUUGAAGGAGUUCAUAAAACAACAUGGUCAUCCAGAGGACGAAGAUCUGUUGCCAAUCUACAUGCUGCCCGAAAGAGAGUUCACAUACUGCGCAAUGGAGAUGGCGAUUCGUGGCGCAAAGAAAGGAAAGGAGGACCGUCUGGAUCUAUACCUUGGCAUGGCUAAUCAUCAACCCUGGUGGGAUACCAUUGACUUUAUUGCAUCCAACUUGGUCGGUACCCAUCUGCAGCUGUAUCCAGACACGGUGAGCAGUCUGGUCGAUGAGUGGAUUGUCCACGAGUCAAUGUGGAUCCGACGCAUAGCCCUGUUGUUCCAACUCAAGUACAAGAAGCAGACCGAUGUCAGUCUGCUGUUCAAAUGUAUCGAUGCUACUAUACACGAGAAGGAGUUCUUUAUUCAAAAGGCGAUCGGAUGGUCGUUGCGCGAGUACUCCAAGACGGACAAGAAGAUGGUCAAAGGCUUUGUCGACAGUCGACCAAACAUCUCCAAUCUAUCAAAGCGCGAAGCAUUAAAGCAUCAUUGA